AUGGGUGGUGCAUACUUUCCACCGGAUGAUAAGUAUGGAAGACCAGGGUUCAAGACUGUAUUGAGGAAGGUCAAGGAAGCCUGGGAAACUAAACGUGAAGCGCUUGAGCGGUCGGGAAAUCUUGUUAUCGAACAAUUAAGGGAUGCAUUAUCUGCUAAGGCUAGCUCUCAAGAUGUGCCAAAUGAUCUAGCAGUUGUAUCUGUUGAUCAAUGUGUCGAACAGUUAGCGAGCAGGUACGAUCCAAAAUUUGGUGGAUUUGGCUCUGCUCCCAAGUUUCCAAGACCUGUUGAAGAUUAUAUAAUGCUCUAUAAAUUUCGCAAACACAUGGAGGCUGGGAAGGAGAGUGAAGCCUUGAACAUAAAGAAGAUGGUGACUCACACAUUGGACUGUAUGGCAAGAGGUGGAGUUCAUGACCACGUAGGUGGUGGUUUUCACAGAUAUAGUGUGGACGAGUGCUGGCACCUUCCACAUUUUGAGAAGAUGUUGUACGAUCAGGGACAGAUAGUAAAUGUAUACCUGGAUACAUUUCUGAUUACGGGAGACGAGUAUUAUUCUAUAGUUGCACAUGACAUACUAGAUUACUUGAGGAGAGACAUGAUAGUAAAAGAAGGUGAAAUUUUCUCAGCAGAAGAUGCUGACAGUGCAGAAUAUGAAGGCGCUUCAAGAAAAAAGGAGGGGGCCUUUUAUGUGCGGACCAGUAAAGAGAUCGAAGACACACUUGGGGAGAAUGCAGAGCUAUUCAAGAACCAUUACUAUGUUAAAUCAUCCGGCAAUUGUGAUCUUUCACCGAUGAGCGAUCCUCACAAUGAGUUCAGUUCAAUAUCUGCUUUUGCAAGGGCUUCACAAAUUCUGAAGUCAGGACCAUCUGGAAAUAUAUUCAAUUUCCCUGUAACUGGCUGCAAUCCAGUUGAAUAUCUUGAAGUUGCAGAAAAUGCGGCUAACUUUAUAAAGGAAAAACUUUAUGAUGCAAGCUCAAAGAGGCUGCAUCAUAGCUAUCGCAAUGGGCCAUCGAAAGCACCAGGAUUUUUAGAUGAUUAUGCUUUUCUAAUCAGUGGCUUGCUGGAUCUCUACGAGUUUGGUGGAAAGAUAGAGUGGCUUUUGUGGGCUGUCCAACUGCAAGUCACUCAGGCAAGUUAA